GGGCUUCGAUUUAAAAAUUAUUUCAAAUUUCACAAUAACUAAAGUGUUUAUGUAUUGAACACUUCCGGGCCUCGUUUGACACAUUGGUUUAUGGCUGGCCGACAGAUAAAGCCGUCUAAAGGUCGGUAGAAACGAGUUCGUCUCACGAACUAUCGAAAGUUUCACUUUGUAUUUCGUAGCUCGCUAUAUAUUGCUCGCUUUCUACGUUGUCUAGGUACCAACGACUUGUAUGAUGCUGGCCGCGGCCAUGUCUGCGCGGAAAAGAUACAACCUUUGCCAGACAACAUGAAAAAGAAGGUACUAUGGGCUCUAUAAAAUAUUGACAGAUGAGAUAGCUCAAAUUUCUACGGGCACACAAUUGCCCAUUAUGUUUCCCGCGGUCUUUGCUUGAAUUUACUAUAAACACAUACACAUUCGAAAUACUUUCUUGUAGAUUUCUGUAAUUCUUGAAGCGAUUCCCUCGAAAAGUAAAAGCGAGAUUGCCGAAGUUCUACAGGCUUGUGAGUACGAUGUUGAUCGAACAUUAAACUGCUUCUACGCAGGUAAAAAUACGUUAUAAUCUCGCUUGUUUAUUGAAUUAUUGCCAACCUUUUGCGAAAUUAAUACAUUGCAAUAUUGCAUGGGGAUUCGAUUCUAAUAUAUUUUAGAAUUUUAAUGUGUUACAUGCGUUUCGUAGCGACGUUAUGCUUUUUUAAAUCGUAUAUUUUCCCUUUCAGACGGCGGAAUGGACGAGCAGAAUGAAUGGACAGUUCAAGGAAAACGAAAGGUAGAUUGUUUUUUAAAUUAUAUUGUUUUGCUUUCAAGCCAUAAAGCAACCUGCAAGAGUAAUUAUAAUCGAACUAAAAUAUUCACUAAUAUCCAUAAUUGUUAACGUGUUAUGUGUAUUUAAGUAUUACAAAGUGUUCCAGCUUUGAAAUGGCGUCCUUGUACAAUUUUGGGUUUAAAAUUGUAAGUUUUUACUAUCUUUAACAGGGCCUUUUAGCACGGUUUUUAGAAUUAGAUAAACAAACUUCGUAUUAUGGUUUAAUGGUGUUUUGUUCAGACAAUACUUCCGGAAUUUUUUUCUUUCGUUUUGAAACAAAUGUUGCAAUGAAUUAAAAUCACAAAUUUUACGACGGUAAAAACCGAACAGUUUUUCCAUAUUUGCGGUACAAUUUCUUCAGGGAACCUGCAAAAUUUUCAUAUGUUGAGAUGGAUGAAUAUUUUUGCAUUAUUUUUAGGUAAUUCGUAUUGUUUGCCUGUAAAAAACAAGUGUUAAAUUUUUGACAUAUAUUAAACAUCUGGUGUGCUAUUUAUGGCCGAAUGUGCCAAAACACCAACUGCUCUACACACAAGCACUGUAUUCUACGAAAUUGCAGGCCAGGGAAUCUAGGAAUUGAUAAGGAAAUGUUAAAAGGUCUUAUCACAUCUCAUCUUUUGAACUCGUCUGCUGAUAUUUAUAUCGCUCAGGUCAUUAUUGUAUGUACACACUUUGUGAUUGCUAUGGUAAUUGAAUCUCAUUUACAUGUGAUAUGCUCAAUUAAUUGCAUUUUACAAUUUGGGAACAAAUUUUGGAUGUAGUCCAAAUGAAAUGCUUCUUCCCCUUUCGCAAAAAAUUUAAAAUUUUCAACACUUUAAGGCAGGUUGAUUGAUCGCUUUUGAAUCAAUUUCGUUUUGUAUUAAAAUAGCAUUUCUGUGGAGUAUGUGGCAUUUGUGUAAUUGGGUGUUUAAUUUUUGUUUGAAUUAAGGAGGCACAAAAUUGCAUAAUGUUAAUUGAAUUCAUAUCUGUCUGACCAGUUUGACAUUAUGAGUUGAGUUUCAAAUAAGGCUCGUUAUCAAGUUGGUUAGGUCAUAUGGUGUAUAUGCAAUGCUCUUUUUCAAGAACUUGCCAAGAGUGAAAUAUCCAUGCUCUUUUGUACUGUAAAUUUAAUAAUAGAUUCACUUUACCCAUUAAUGCCCAAAUGCAGCAGCUCCCAGCGGUGUGCGAGAAGGCUUCUUUUGAUGAGUAAAAUUAUCUGGCACCCCUUAGAGCAAUUUUACUUGUCAAUAGCGAAUAACCCAUUAAGUCGCAAUGUGCCCCAUCACGCUAGAAGAGCUGGAUUUCAGAGGCGCCGAAUAUCGAUAAUAGCGGGGGCAGAUAUUCAUAUAUUCAUGUUCACAGACUGUAAAAACAAUCGAUUUCAAAAGAAAUUAAUUGGGCAGAACACAAAUAUAUGAAUAUCUGACCCCCCCCCCCCCCCCCCAUUCCGGCGCCUCUGCUGUUAUUUAAAUAUCGACAUUCUUAUAGCAGAACAAGAAGAAGAGAAAACAAAAGAAAGCAAAGGAUGGUAGUGAUUCGCAGUCCCAAAAUGAUGCUGAAAACUCAAGUACAGCAGGUAACAUUUACCAGAAACUUUGGCUGAACCAAGGGGCUCAUCAGCACUGUGGCACAGUUGUCACAGCAAGCGCUUUAAUCACCUCUGAGUUUGUGGGUUCAAUUCCCACUACAGACUCGUAUGGAAAGAGUCCGUCAAUGCCGUGGUUUUUCUCCGGGUAUUCCAGUUUCCUCCCAAAGGGAAAGUUGACAGGGUGGGUUAGGAUAAACACAGUUAUUAAGAAAGUAACACCACAAUUGUUGACCUGAACAAUGCUGAACAGUAUUGUUAACAACCGGGAACAAUAUGGGCAGCAAAAUAUUGUUCAGGCCUGUUUUCAACAACAUUGUUACAGCCUAGGCCUUUUUUUGCAGUGUACACGGCAAAAAACGCUCAGGUUGAUGCAAUACUGAUAAAAACAGGAUUGAACAAUGUUUUGCUGCCCACAUUGUUCAUAGCUGUCAACAAUAUUGAACAAUAUUGUUACACCCGAUUCAGGCUCAACAACAUUGUUCAAUAUUGUUGACAAGUGUGAACAACGUGGGCAGCAAAACAUUGUUCAGUCCUGUUGAGCAACGGUCUUGGCGUUUUUUGCCGUGUAGGCUAAGUAUGUAAUUAGGUAAGUGUAUAAUACUUGAUGUAAAGCAUGUUUGAUCAUGUUCACAUGUAAAUUUGCGCUAUAGAAAUGCUAAUCGUAAUAUCAUCUCAAACAGUAUCUGUUACCUUGUUAGGUCCAAAACCUGAAAAGCAAGCUGAAACAGGGCAGAAAGAAGUUGGUGAGAAUAUUAUGAAUGGGUCGGUGCCAAAAGUACUUCCAAUCGGUUAGUAGAAUUUAUUGUGAAAAUAUCCAUUUUAAAUGUAUCCAGAUAUUCCAGGGUCUAGGAGCAAGUCUAUAAUAGUUUUUUUUCGCCCAUCAAAUAGUGUUGACCAUAAAUUACAGUUUCUUUACUAAAUAUUCAAUACUCAAUAGUACUCAAAACUUUCUAUGACAACUGUGGCGGGGUGAAGGUGUACCCCCUGAAACUCCCACUGAUAAGGUUAGGUCUAUCCCUGGAAGAUGAUAGCUGCACGGUCAAAAUGUUUCUGGUCAUCAACUGAUGUUCUGAUAUUUUUAUUUACAGAUGAACCAACGACAACCAGUAAAGACAGCCCAAAAUCACUUGAAAACUUAAAACCUGUAUCAAACGAUAUACCAAAACCUAGUGAGACCACCCCUACCCCAGCAUCACCCCCACCUCCUUCCCCACUUCCACCUCCUUCCCCACUCCUCUCUCCUACUGGCUCCACUGCAAGCUCAUUGCAAGACUCACAGACAUCGAACAAAAGCCGAGCUGGGAGUUCGACAAACGAGAAACACCCAAGAAUGCGAACAACUUCUGGUUCUGGCUCUGAAGUCAUUAAGAAGUCUUUAAAAGAUCUUGAGAGGUCAUCUGUGUCGAUAUCAAGAUACCAGGCAAAGCUUGAUGAGGUUUGUUUUGGCCAAGGAUUGUUUGAAUACUAAAGCUUGCAUACAAUACUCUUGCCUGAUUAAAUUCUAUAGAAAAAGAAAGGUUCUUUAACCCAUUGACGAGUAAAACUGUCUGGCAUUAGACAGAGUAAAAUACUAAAGUAGGGUGCAUCAGGGUGCAUUGCCACUUAAAGGGUUAAUGAGGGUAACAUUGUUUACUGGUGACCCGGUAGUUUACGUAUAAAUUGCCCUGAGUAUGAAAGUACAAUUUCUGUGUUCAUGGUAGAUGACAAACAGAAUGCAGUGUUCUGACCCUCGGGUGGUGUCAGCAGACACUUUCUGUUACCAUCCUGAAUCUAAAUAUCUUGAAGUGGUUUGGAUAUAUGGCCCUGUUUUCAUUAGACCAGGACGAAGUCAAACCGGAAUGAUAAAUGAAAUUGUCAACAUGUUUACAUGAGACUGGUACGAAAAUCACAAAAUUUUCAAUUUAUUCCCCUUGCCAGGCAAUUUUGUUUUUUAGAUGGCUUUUGUUAGCAUGUGUUGUUCCAAUGUCAAGGUUACAGCCAAGACCGGUCUGAAAUGUAUUUGUGUUGACAUUCAUCCCGGUCUGAAUUCAUGCCGGUGUGAAGUCAGUCGGCUCGGUCCAGCUGGCGGAAUGACUUGAGACUGGUCUGAGUUAUUUUUGUCCCGGUCUCAUGUUAACGUCUAUUAUAAAUAAUACUAUGACCGAAACGGUCCCGGUUUGAUUUUGUUCUGGUCUCAUGUAAAUGGGGCCUAACUGCCAUUUAUUUCAUUUUCAGCAAGCAGAUUUAUCCACCAAAACGUUGACGAAAAGUUUCCAAGCAAUUAGAGAAGCGUGAGUAAUCUAUGCAUGGUCUUACCAUUAACAUCAAAUUGUAUACACUCAAAGCAAUAUGUAUAAUAAUCAAGAUAUCUUAUUUAUAGUUUGAAUGAAAGAGAACAAUAUUUACAAGCGCAUCAGCAGUCUGUUAUAGAAGAAGCAAGUAUGUCCUGUACACUGUUUUUGAAAAGAACCAAUCACCUUGUACACACUUCAAAAUGCACAAGUUGUAACAAACCUGUAGCAGGCUUGUAGCAAUGCUGUUCCAACAACUUGUCAACAGGAUGUGUUUCCACUGCUUGUUCCCAGCUUGUUCACAAGUUGUUAACGGCUUGUUGACAACUUGCUACAACGUUGUUGAGCUCAACAGACUUGUUACAAGUUGUUCCAACAACUUGUUAUCGUCCUGCAAUUCAACAAUUCGUCAACAUGUUGUGAUUGACAACCUUGUAGCAACUUGCUGAAAUAACAACAUUGUUACAACUUGUCGACAAGCUUGCUACGAGCCUGUUGCGAACACAUCUUGUUGACAAAUUGUAAGAUUUUUACGUGUGUUCGUGGCUACACGUUCUCAUCGUUUAAUUGCGCUGAAGGAAGCGAAUGAAAUUCGCAUUGUACAUUCUUACAUAAUCUAAGUUACAAUACCGUGUUUUAUUUUUCUUGGUAGAAAAGUUGUUGGAAGAAAGACAAGAAAAUGCGGCGGGGUUGAAGUUUAAAUGUAAUCGAGUUGGAAGUAUGACUGACGAAGAAACAUCCGAAUUAAGAAAUGAAAUAAAGGUAUGACGAUUUCAUAAUCUGCUUCUUAUCACCUGCUAGAAAUAGUUCUUUUUUACUUGAGCUUUUUCUUUCCCUUUUCCUUUUCCCAGAAGGAGAUUGGGCCUUGUUAUGUUUUUUUCUUGAGUAACAACAAUUGUCCAACUUGUUUGUUUUCAGCAUUUCGUAGGGGAAAGAAGGAUAGAUGAAGAUCUGGGCAAGACGAUCAGUUUUGUACGAGAUCAAGAAAAAAUUAUAGAGGUACUGUAACCUUCUUGUAGAUUUUUUUCUUUGCACAAAGCUACUAAGGAAACAAACUAAAAGUUGAUGUUUGUUAUAUUUUGCAGGCUGUAAAGAAUUUUGGCGAAGGUAUUGUACCUAAUGUAUAAGCGUUUGGUAGUUUGUUGCACAAUAACGCAUAUGUGUCUCUCUGUGUCAGACCAAGUUUCCUGUUGUACAUAAUUGUUUGAUUAUAAUUUCUCGAUUUUCUCCUCAGAGAAGGGUAUUUUCAGUUUGACUCUACCAAAUACCACAGGUUUUCUUUGGGCUGUACAGUUUCCUCCCGAAGAAACACUAGAGCAAUAAGGGAUUACCUUUACUGGACCGAUCUAGGGAGACUGCAGUUUAGGACUGAUAGAGGAAUCAAGUGUAAAUGAAGUUAAGUCCAUGCAUGAGGUCUAACGAGGGUGAGAAUUUAUGAGAAUUGGCAAGCGAGAGUUUGCAUGAGAGUUUUCUCAACUCUCAUGCUCUAGUCAAACGUGAACAAGAGUUGCAUGCAAGAGUUGAUGAGAGUUGAGAAGCGAGAGUUUGCAUGAGAGUUUUCUCAACUCUCGGACCGCGGUCAAACAUGAACAAGAGUUGCGUGAGAGUCGAUGAGGUUGAGAAGCGAGAGUUUGCAUGAGAGUUUUCUCAACUCUCGGACCUCGGUCAAACAUGAACAAGAGUUGCGUGAGAGUCGACGAGGUUGAGAAGCGAGAGUUUGCAUGAGAGUUUUCUCAACUCUCGGUCAAACAUGAACAAGAGUUGCGUGAGAGUCGAUGAGGUUGAGAAGCGAGAGUUUGCAUGAGAGUUUUCUCAACUCUCAUGCCCUGGUCAAACAUGUCAAACAUGAACAAGAGUUGCGUGAGAGUCGACGAGGUUGAGAAGCGAGAGUUUGCAUGAGAGUUUUCUCAACUCUCGGUCAAACAUGAACAAGAGUUGCGUGAGAGUCGAUGAGGUUGAGAAGCGAGAGUUUGCAUGAGAGUUUUCUCAACUCUCAUGCCCUGGUCAAACAUGUCAAACAUGAACAAGAGUUGCGUGAGAGUCGACGAGGUUGAGAAGCGAGAGUUUGCAUGAGAGUUUUCUCAACUCUCGGUCAAACAUGAACAAGAGUUGCGUGAGAGUCGAUGAGGUUGAGAAGCGAGAGUUUGCAUGAGAGUUUUCUCAACUCUCAUGCCCUGGUCAAACAUGUCAAACAUGAACAAGAGUUGCGUGAGAGUCGACGAGGUUGAGAAGCGAGAGUUUGCAUGAGAGUUUUCUCAACUCUCGGUCAAACAUGAACAAGAGUUGCGUGAGAGUCGAUGAGGUUGAGAAGCGAGAGUUUGCAUGAGAGUUUUCUCAACUCUCGUACCUUGGUCAAACGUGAACAAGAGUUGCGUGAGAGUUGACUGAGCAGCCAAAAUUCUCAUCAACUCUCAUUAAAAUGUAGUCUGGAUCAGGGGGUUUUCUGUUUCACUGAAGCUGUAUCCUACUCUCAGGCAGUGCUGGCCAAGCUGGGAAACCUCGUCGCCUCCUAAAACUCUGACGCCAGAAAACCUCUGAACCCAGGGUAAUUGAAAUGUGAACCUUCACGAGAUUGCAUGAGAGUUGAUGAAAAUUCCAACUCCUAUCAAGUCUCACGCUUGGGCUUUAGUUUAUUAUAGUUUAUAUCAACUCAAAAUCAUCUCAAGUUUUCUUCAUUUGUUCCUAGUUCCUCCAAUUAAACACCAUUAUACACCAUACAAGCGAAAACACCCAGAACCCUCGAAACCAAUCUCCCAUAAACCUCCGCCAGUGAAGACAACCACUGCAUCGAGCAAUGUCUCGACAACCACAUCUACCACUUCUACUUCAAGUGAAACGAAAAGUACUCAUUCAAAGAACGAUAAACGACCAGUGUUGUCGCCGUCACGGCUUAAAGAUCAAGCGGAGAUGCAUGCAAGGCUAAAACAAGCUGUCAAGGAAGCACAGGU